AUGGUCAGCUGGAAAGGGCUCGGGCAGCUAACCCUGGUGUGGAGGCUGCAGGGGACAGACCACCAGGAACCUAGCGAGCUGGGAGGGCUGUCCCAGGGCUACACCCAGAAGAUCCGGCACACCAAUCCUCACACUUUCUUGCCAUCUGCUUUAGCCAUCUGCUUCAAGCUGCUCCGGGACCUGAUCAGUUCAGACCCCCUCCACCUGAAGUACAUCAUCAAGAAAAUCAAGAACGUGGCUCACGGGGACCCCAGCCUGGUGCUGGAAAAUCAUGACUACUUUGUAGACAACCUGGAGGUGGGAGCUGCCCGGGCCAUUCAGGGCAGGCCCUCAGUUUUCUAUCGAAAAACUGGGUUGACGGUAGCCGUCCUGCCCACCAAACCAGACCGCUCUUCCUCCCGCACCCGGGAGCUGGAGGAGGCCUACCGGGACGCGGCCAGCAACGUGCCGGUGGCCAUCCGCAGGCGCUGGUGGCGGCUGGUGGCCCAGCACCUGGAGACCGAGGUCCUGCCGGGCGUCUUCCCGCACCGCAGCCUCCCCUACGUGAUGGGCGUCCUGGCCUCUAACGCGUCUCGACGACGGGCCUGGACGGAAUCGGGACGCGGCGAGGAGGCCCAGGAGGCAGGCCUGCCCUGCCACGCGGUCGUCUCCCCGGAUCGCCGGCAGACGGGGAGGCCGAGCUCACAGAGGCUGUGCGACGGGCCUGGGUCGGCCAGCCGCACGUCCUGGGCCUGUGGGGUCCAGGCCGGGCCGGUAGAGGCUCACGGGGCGGAGGGAGAGACCUCUCCGGCGCUGCCCGCCUCCAUCUGCUCACAGACGGCCGCCAAGUCAGUCCAGUUUCUGAACGCAGAAGUGCGGUCCAAGGAGCUGCUGGGGGUACUCACCAAGCCCGACCGGACACAUCAGGAGCAACCCCGGGAGAAGGUGGGCCACAAGCAGCCCUGCUGCCCGCCGCACAGGCCCAGGGGCUCUGGCAGCUACAGGAGCCCAGGGAGGCCCAGGGAGCCUGGACAGGGGAAGAGGCAGGCCACCCGGGCUGGACAGGGAUGGAUAGAGAGAGGUCAGGCUCAGGACAGGAAGCUGAACCCUGCCCCAGGCCUUUCUGCUCAUGUACUCUGGGCUGAUCCUUCAAGCCGAGAACAGCACCACGGUCAGGACCUGACCUUCACCACGGCCAUCCUCACGCUGGUGGGGGCUGUCAGCCGCAAAGAGGGCGCCCAAAGCUACGAGCUCUCCCGGGUCUCUGAGCUCUUCGAGUGCCUGAUGCUUCUGAUGGAGAAGGAGCCCCAGGACAUGUUGUGCACGGCGACUCGCCAACAGGCCAUCCACAUCACCUGCAGCCUCUGUAAGAUGAGGCCGCCCCUGGCCUUGGAGAAGAGAUCUCGGCUUCUGUCCAUCAGCCUCCGCAGCGUGUUGUCCCUGCCGCAGCUGGAAGUCCUGGAGAAACACACCUGCCUCUUUCUGGAGCCGCCCAACACCCAGGUGCGAACCUGGAGCCUGCCCCCCUUGGAGAGGGCUCCUCGGGAAGGGUGUCCAGCUCCGCCUGCUGCACUCGGCUUGGGAGGGGCGGGCUGGACGGGCAGGGCCCCUGACCCCCCCAGGCAAGGGCUGGGGGAACCCUGGGUGUGUUUCUUAACUGCUCUGAGCCUUCGUUCGUCCGCCUGUAAAAUGGAGAUGAUACACAUGUACGUCUGGCUGGCGUCAGAGAAGGCACACGAGCGGCAGCGGGGUGUACACAGCUGCAUGGCCCUCCUCAAAUUCCUGAGCCACAACCUCUACCUGGACCCAAAAGAGGACUUCGGACGGAUUGGGCAACUGGUGGGCACGCUGGGAAUUCUGUGCCAGGACCCAGACAAGGCCACCCAGUGCUCCAGCCUGGAAGGGGUGGGCCAUCUCUACAAGCUCCUGACGCGCCACAGAGCAGGGGAAGCCUCGCAGGUGCAAGCACCGUCCCCCAAGCAGCUUUCCCAGGCCAGAGCGGAUGGAGCCCCAUUCUGGAGCGGCAGGGACCAGAAGGCCGCUCCCCCCAGCCCCCGGGAGAAGGCGCUCUCGAAGGACCGCGUCUUCCAGCCCGGCAGCUCCCAAGUCAUCAAGGAGAUCAUGAAGCAUCUCACGAUGGCAGAGCUGACCGACCUCAUCUGGACGGCUGUUGACAGCCUGGGCUCCACCAGCCCCUUCCGCGUGCAGGCGGCCGCCGACAUGCUGCUCGCUGCCAUCCAGGAGCACGGGGCCAAGCUGGAGACCGUGAGGGGGUGGGCCCCCUGCCGAGGGCCUGCCAGCAUGGGGCAGGGGGUUGAGGGAUUUUCCAAACUGAAAACCUUUUUCCUGGCCAGGCCAGAGUUUCAGCGCUGCCCUCACGGCCACCCUUUGCCCGCAGCCGUGCCUUCCGCUGUGGAGGGCCCCGGGGGCCGAGCGGCCGUGAGCUGCCUGGUGCUGGCCGAGCUGCUGGCCUGGGUGCUGCAGCGGCCCCAACCCACCAGGACCGGUGACGGCAGCCCCCGGCCCACGGAGAAGGCCUACCUGCGCUCCAUGGCCGCCAUGAACCCGCUGCACGAGCUGCAGUUCGCCCGAGAGUUCAAGAAGGCCGUGCAGGAGGCCUGCCCCGAGCUCUUCCUGGCCCUCCUCACCCGCAGGUGGCAGGCGGGGGAGGUCAUCUGGGGAGCCAGAUACCCCACAGACAACACAGUGUUGCGGGGUGCUGGCGCGGACAUCCCUGUAGCCGUCGGCCUGUGGGACGUGGGGAGCGUGGCCCAGAGGAGAACCAGUGCCCGGCCCGCGACCUGUGCAAACACCUCUUACACGAAGAGAAACAGACCUUCUGUGCGGGUGCCCAACUGCCCCCCACGUGGCCACUGGCUCAGGCCAGGCGUGAGGCACGGCCCGUCGGUCCGCAAGGCCCUCAGGCUGCCCGGAAAGGUGGAAAGGGCCGAGGCCCCAGCCGACCAGCCUGGCAGCAAACCGCUGCCCUGCUCCCCGCCUCUCCAGCCCACUGUCCCAUCGCUGAAUGCCUCUUGCAAGCCCAGCUGCUUCCAGCUGCCCUUCUUUCCCAGGUCCCAGUGCUGGGCCCCCCGGGCACGUGGCCAGAGCACGGACACCACCCACACCUCCAUCACUCACCUGCCUCAUACCCCAGGGGUCCCACUCCCUGCCCUCUUGCAGCAGCCUGCGGAACAGCCCCUGUGCUCCCCCCCGGUCCCCCACGCAUCAAGGCCCACUGACCUCUGA